GACCUUAGGUUUCGUUUCUGCAUCUCAGCUGAGAGCGUCUCCAAAGAUCACUGAUCAGCCAUUGAUCUGUAAAUGAUUGAUCUGAGGUCAGCGGUUCUCACUGAACGACCACUCAGUGACCGAUCAGUCGGCGCAUAAUCGUUUCUUCAUCUUCAUCGGUGUGUACUCUGAGGAAGAGGAGGACUGUUUCCUGUAACAUGACGUUUCUUCAGGAUCAACGAGAGGAAGCGCUGUCACUUUUAAACCAAUCAGAGGAGACCAUCAGGGAGAGUUACGGUGAUGAGAGUGAGAAGCGGCUCAUUGUGACGUAUGGAGACAUGGCCUGGCUGAAAUAUCAUGUUGGAGACUUUGCACAGUCACAAAGCUACUGUCAGAGAGUCGAGGACACACUGGUAUGUACACCAAUCAGAUCGUGAAGCUUGGAGCCUAUAAGAAAUACGAAGAGCCUGAGUGUCUGCUGAAGAAAGCACUGAAAACUGAUCCUGAUAAACCUCAUGUCAGCCGCUACAUAGGAAAAUACUUUCGUAAUCAUAAACUCAAGCAGAUCGCUGAGAAACGUCUGUCAAGGAAUCCAGGUGAUGGCGAGGCUCUCGCUCUGCUGGGUCAGGUGGCCAGAGCUGAGGGCAACAGGAAGGAAGCUGCUGAGUUUUAUGAGGAAGCUCUGAACUGUGACAAGGACAAUGAAGAGUACCUGUCUGCUCUGUGCGAGCUGCGCCUGGAGCUGCAGGGAUCAUCCUCUGAUUAAUCAUGAUCACUGCACUCCUGUUACAUCAUACUUCAGCCCGCUGAAUGUGGACUUGAUCCAUGUGCUUCAAGGUCUGCACAACUCUAACAAAUGGGCCCUUCAUACCUUUCUGAUAGGUAUUAAAUUAUAAACAACGAAGCAUUACACACGUCAGGGCCACUUUUAUUGGAUGUUUCAGACAUGUGUGGUGCUGGGUGGAGCUCUGUCACCAGCACCCGAAAACACUGAGUUUAAAAAUGGUGUUCAGUGAAUUCCAUUAAAUUAAAGUCACGCCCAUACUGAAGACUAAUUCAGACUAGUGCUGGGCCAUAUCAUUCCGUUCAUGGUAAUACUGGUGUAAUGUUAGGCAAUGAUAAGAAAAUGAAUUAUCGCGAUAGAAUAUGGGUAAAACACGCAUGGGCAGUGCCUUUGUUUUCAUACGCACAUGGCGGAAAAAGCAUGGCAGGAACGGAGAAUGAGAAGGGCGAAAGCGGAUCAUUGAAUGAAACAGAUGAACCAGAAUUGGUCUGUAAAAAUGCUGCAACUUCAGUGAUGUGGAAAUGGUUUGGCUUUUGUCCGUCAGAUACCCAACAAAGCAUAAUUUUUUGUAGAACAUGCAAGCAGGCCGUCGUUGUUACCGUGUUUUUUGGAAAAUAAGGCACUCUUAAAAUCCUUUGAUUUUCUGAAAAAUAGACAGUGCCCCUUAUAAUCCGGUGUGCCUUAUGUAUGAAUUCUGGUUGUGCUCACUGACCCCGGACUGAUUUUAUGUGGUACACGGCGCUCAAAAAUCCUUCAAAAAAUGUUUUAGUACGACUUUGGUAAGUCGGUAAGUGGAUUGUUGUAGCAUUACAGCUGGAGCCUCGUGUAGUAAUACAUACUGUUCUUCAACAUAAUGUUACCGUAUCGUGUGAAUAUAACCUCUUUUUAAGUUCUGUGGAUAUUAUAUAUGGUUAUGCUCAGGACAUGUCUGCCCAGUUCCACUGGAAAUUCCUUUUGGUUAAACUGUCAGCCAGGAAUUUGCAUUUGCACUUUUAAAUUUAUAUAUAGCUUUAAUGCACAUAACAAACUGCUGCUUGUUUAAGUGGGGUUUUUUUGCACUAGUAAAGUCAUGGAGUCGUGAAUUAAAUUAUUUAGUCUCAGUAAGAAAAAUAAAUAUUACUGUUCAGUCAAAAAUGCUAUCUUGAAAGUCUAAAUGUGGAGAGUAAAUUUAUCACCAAAUGAAGAAAACAACAAGAGAAAAGAAAAGAAAACAGUUUGAAGAACAAACAAAAACAUAUCUGAUAAUUCAGAAUCAGAAAGGGUUUGUUGCCAAAUUCAUAUCCCCAGUCAGCUCUGAUGCAGUUUAAUGCUCAAUGGAUUCUUAAAAUGUGACUCAUCACUGUGUUGAAGGUUUGAAAAUGAUUAAGCACAGAGCAGCCUGCUUCAGCAGAGACAGACAGCAUGAGGACAACUACACCCUGUCCUCAUGCUGUUCACACAUAGUCCCAGGGUUAUUAGAAGCUGUGCCAAGUGAAGUGAGGUGAAGGUACUGAAGGCAGUUUUUACAUGUGUUCAUGCAGAAACAGGAGGAAAGAAGCACGGGGACAGAUUUAGACAGGGUGAUAACAGUGAAGAUGCUUUUUAAUGAAGUGUCAGAAAGCUUGGUCUCAGUCGCAGGUCAACAGGACAAUGACCCAAAACACACAGCUAAAAACACCCAAGAAUGGCUAAGAGGAAAAGAGUGGACUAUUUUAAAAUGGCCGUCUUUGAGCCCUGACCUCAAUCCUAUUAAGCAUCUUUGGAGCUGAAACAUGUUGACUGGAAAAGGCGCUCUUCAAACCGGAAACAACUGGCGCAGUUUGCUCAUGAGGAGUGGGCCAAAAUACCUGCUGAGAGGUGCAGAAGCCUCAUUGACAGUUACAGGAAUCACUUGAUUGCAGUGAUUGCCUCAAAAGGUUGUGCAACAAAAUAUUAAGUUGUGGGUACCAUCAUUUUUGUCCAGGCCUGUUUCAUACAUUUAUUUUUUAAAAUAGUUCAUUUGAAGCAUGGUUGAAAAGCAAUGUCUGACUUUCAUUGGUUAAGAUUUAUAGAAUUUUUAUUUAUUAUUACUUUUGUCAGAUUAAAGUCAUUUCUGUGA